AUGAACUUCAUCCAAUUAGUUAUGACUUAUGACAAUACAGAGCUGUACAAAGAGUUGUAUACAACUUACAGAACAAAAGGAGUCAACUUCCCUCCCCUCACACAACCAGACUACGACGACAAAGACGCAACGUCAGUCACACAGACUCCAGCACUUCCAUUUGAUAUCGAGACCAACUGUAAACCAAAAGAAGGACUUUCCCCAGUCAAAAACAAAGUAGAACUACCUCAGCCACAAAAACUUGCCGUCCAAGACGUUUCGACAAAUGAAAUCUUCGAAACACUUCCAGCCGAUUUCAGAAAACUUCUCCAAACGAUGUCCGAGUUUCAUGAACUGUGCAAAGAGCCCUUAAAACGAAGCAACUUACUCAGAAAUGGAAGUUUGCAAUUACACCAUCAACUCCAAUGCGACGAAAACUUCUUCAAAAAGGCAAUCGACAUACAAAAAGAGUUCAAAAAUCGAUUCAACGAGUACUCGAACGUCGAAGAGCCUGAUGACGAAAUCAUUGCAGCGUUGACUGAGGAGGGGAGAAAGAUCGGGCACAUUGUGAGAGUCUUUAAAAACGAGAUUUCAAGGAUCAAAAAGCUCGAAACGAAGAUAGAGGAUGGUGUUGGAGAUAUGAAAUUGGCGGAAGUUCCAUCAUAUGGUGUCGACGCCAUGAUGUCUGCGGGUGUUGCGUAUCCAAAGACGACAUCCGAGGCUGUGAAGAUCAUGGACAUGAUGAGCCACACAAAAGGAAACACACUGAGCAGAGAAGACUCUGUCACUGAGUCCACAAGUAACUCGGAGACGCCAGCAGGAAACGGUCACAUGCAACAGAGAAAGAGCAUGUUAUUCUUUCCACCAAUUGCUCCGCUUCCACAAGAAAGUAGCAAAGCCAUAUCGUUCAAAGGAAUCAAAAAAGAAAAUAUUGUGAAAAUGACAUCAAGUGUUGACACGACAAGAAUGUACACGGGAUUUUUAUAA